CAUCUUAUGUGAGGAUAAAACUCAAACCAACAUAAGGUGUGCUCAUCCAAACAGCCAAAAGCAGCUAAAAAAAAGAAAAAAGAAAAUCCCAUAACCAUGAAGGUGAGAAGAGAGAGCACAAGAAUCAUCAAGCCAACCUACGAAGGAAAACCACCUUCAACCAAACACAUAAUUCCCUUGAGUGUGUUCGAUAAGGUCACGUAUGAUUGUCACAUUGCCGUCAUCUAUGCCUACCGCAAGCCCAGCCCCACUACAGCCACGCUAGAACUCGGCCUUCAAAAAGCCCUGGCGGUCUAUAGAGAAUGGGCGGGAAGGCUAGGUAAGAAUGAAAACGGGGAGAAGGUUAUUUUCCUCAACGACGAAGGCGUGACCUUUGUCGAGGCUACUGUUGAAAAUAGCCUCGACCAGGUCAUGCCAUUGAAACCAUCCGCAUCCAUUCUUAACCUCCACCCUAGCCUUAAAGAUCCCGAGGCUUUGGUUCAAGUUCAAGUCACCAGGUUCACAUGUGGCUCAUUAGUGGUUGGCUUCACGGCCCAUCACCAUGUCGCGGAUGGCCAAUCAACCAGCAACUUUUUAGUGGCGUGGGGACAGGCUAGUCAAGGGAUUGAUAUCUCUCCAAUCCCAUUUCAUGACCGAACUAUCUUCUCUCCAAGAGAACCUCCCAUUUUUGAGUUUGAUCAUAGAGAGGUUGAGUUUUCUAGCAAAGUUGCCAAAAAAGUAAGUGCACCCAUUGAGAAUGAUAUUAUUAUAAGUAAUAAUAAUAAUAUUGUUGUGCAUAAGGUCCAUUUCACUAAAGAGUUUCUCAACAAACUCAAACUCAAAACCUCCUCCUCCUCAGCGAAACCCUACACCACUUUCGUGAGCCUACUCGCUCAUCUCUGGCGAUCAGUAACGAAAGCACGUUCCCUCAGCGGAUUCGAAACCACCGGUAUUCGAAUCUCGGUUAACGGGCGUGGGAGGCUAACCGGCCCUAGGGUUCCUAAUGAAUAUUUUGGUAAUUUGGUGCUAUGGGCCUUCCCUAGUACCAAGGUGAAGGAACUAUUGCACCAGCCAUUGCCGUUUGCGGCUAAGUUAAUACAAGACGCGGUUGCAAAAGUGAAUAAUAACUAUUUCAGGUCGUUCAUUGAUUUCGCUAGCUACAAGGCGGAAGAAGAAGGGCUUGUCACGACUGCUCAGAUGGACAAGUCCAUAUUGAGCCCAAACUUGGAGGUGGACAGCUGGCUAAGGUUCCCAUUCUAUGACCUAGACUUUGGGACAGGCAGCCCUUACAUGUUCAUACCAACUUUCUUUCCGACCGAAGGGAUGAUGUUCCUCGUUCCCUCCUUCAUUGGAGACGGUAGCAUUGACGCUUUCAUUCCUUUAUUUGAAGACAACGUCGCCACGUUCAAGCAAGUCUGUUACUCUCUUGAUUGAUACUGUUUUUUUCUACCCCAAGUAAGUCCAUAAUUAUAUGCACAAUAUUACAUAAAAUUAUUAUGUAGCAUAUAUAUAUAUAUAUAUAUAUGUUUUGAUUUCUGUUUAAUUAAUAUUCCCUUGUUAGCAGUAUACUAAUAGUGCAUGUCAAUGAUAUUAUAUAUAUAUUAUUUUGUAUGUAAAAUUGUGUUUUGUGUUUUUAAGGA